UAGCCAGGGGCGGACUGACAGCUCAUGGGGCCCCCGGGCAAUAGGGGAUCAUGGGGCCCUGUGUCCUUGCCCAAACUCAAAAAAGCCUAUGAAAAAGGUACCAGGGGCAUCUCAUGGGGCCCCCUACUGACCCCGGGCCCUCGGGCAGUGUCCGAGUUUCCAAAUGGUCAGUCCGCCCCUGGGCCUAGCAGAAAUUCACAACAAGCCUAAGAUAUCUAUACAUAAGGCUUCAUGCACACUGGACGUUAUGAGAACGCUGGUAAUAUUAGCUGUAUUGCAAAACAUUCUAAAAUGGUUUAUUUUAUUUUCUUUUCCUGAAAUCAG